AUGGAUCGCCAAUCUGUAUAUUCGGCUCGAGUGUACGAGUCCAAUUUUGGCGAUGCCGACGACACCAGGCUGCAGCUCCAAUCGCAGUUGGAAACGUUCAUUCUGGACUUUCGUCUCGACAACAAUUUCGUCUACCGAGACCAGCUGAGGGAGAAUGCGCUGCUGAAAAAUUUCUAUUGCGAUGUCGAUAUCAAAGAUCUUAUCAACUUCAAUGAAGAGCUUGCACACAGGCUCGUCUCGGAACCCGCUGAAAUUAUUCCCCUCUUUGAAGCAGCAUUAAAGAAAUGUACACACCGAAUUGUAUUCCCCCACGAAAAAACCGUCGACCUACCCGACCACCAGCUUCUCCUACACUCCGAUGCGGAUGAUGUGUCGAUCCGCAAUCUCGACUCCAUGACAAUUGCUCGAAUGGUUCGCGUUCCAGGUAUAGUAAUCGGAGCCUCGGUUAUGUCCUCCAAGGCAACCGAGCUAUGUAUCCAGUGCAGAAACUGCAGCUACUCAACAGCGCUUCCUAUUGUCGGAGGCUUCACAGGAGUCACGCUGCCCAGACAAUGCGGACGAAAACGUGUGCCCAACGACCCUGUGGCCGCAUGCCCGCUAGACCCAUACUUUGUUCUGCACGAAAAAUGCCGAUUUGUUGAUCAGCAAGUUAUUAAGCUCCAAGAGGCACCGGACCAGGUGCCUGUGGGUGAACUGCCACGACAUGUGCUCAUCACGGCCGACAGAUACCUUACAAAUCGGGUAGUUCCCGGCUCUCGAUGCACUGUCAUGGGUAUCUUUUCUAUAUACCAAAACAAGGCGUCCAAAAACUCAUCGACAGGAGGCGCCGUUGCUAUUAGAACGCCAUAUCUCAGAGCAGUGGGAAUCCAGACCGACAUUGACCAAGCCGCCAAAGGAAAUGCCACUUUUUCUGAGGAGGAGGAACAGGAAUUCCUAGAGCUUAGCAGACGACCAGACCUGUAUAACAUCAUGGCCGAUUGCAUCGCGCCAUCGAUAUAUGGCAAUCGCGAUAUCAAGAAGGCUAUUCUGUGUCUUCUGAUGGGCGGGUCAAAGAAGAUUUUGCCCGAUGGUAUGAGAUUAAGAGGUGACAUCAACGUUCUGCUUCUUGGUGACCCUGGUACGGCAAAAUCACAACUUUUGAAGUUUGUCGAGAAGGCAGCGCCAAUCUCCAUCUAUACGUCCGGAAAAGGUUCAUCAGCAGCUGGUUUGACAGCCUCUGUUCAACGAGACCAGUCGACACGAGAAUUUUAUCUGGAAGGUGGUGCCAUGGUGCUCGCUGAUGGCGGUGUUGUCUGUAUCGACGAAUUUGACAAGAUGCGAGAUGAGGAUCGAGUCGCCAUCCACGAAGCUAUGGAACAACAAACAAUCUCAAUAGCCAAAGCUGGUAUCACAACUAUUCUCAACGCUAGGACGUCUGUUCUCGCCGCUGCCAACCCCAUCUUUGGACGGUACGAUGACAUGAAGACUCCUGGAGAGAAUAUCGAUUUCCAAACUACCAUUCUGUCUCGUUUUGACAUGAUCUUUAUCGUCAAGGAUGAGCACAGCCGUGAAAAGGACGAAAGAAUGGCGAAGCACGUCAUGGGUAUCCAUAUGGAUGGCCGGGGUGCUGAGGAUGUGGCCGAGUCUGAGAUUCCCGUACAGAAAAUGCGGCGAUAUAUUACUUAUUGCAAAACCCGCUGCGCCCCUCGACUCAGUCCUGAAGCCGCCGAGAAACUCUCAUCGCAUUUCGUAUCUAUCCGACGCCAAGUGCACGCCGCAGAGAUUGAAGCCAACACACGAUCAUCCAUCCCCAUCACAGUCCGUCAGCUCGAGGCCAUUGUCCGAAUCACAGAAUCGCUCGCCAAGUUGACUCUCUCUCCAAUUGCCGCCGAAGCACACGUCGACGAGGCCAUCCGCCUCUUCUUAUGCUCCACCAUGGAUGCCGUAAAUCAGGGCAGCAACCAAGGUAGCCGAGAAAUGAACGAUGAGGUUAGCCGGCUUGAAGCUGAGCUGAAGCGACGACUGCCCAUUGGAUGGAGCACCAGCUUAGCUACACUGCGAAGAGAAAUGGUGGAAGGAAAGGGAUACAGCGAACAGGCUCUGAACCGAGCGCUAAUGCUGCUACAACGGAGAGAUACAAUCAUGUUUAGAAACCAGGGAGCGCAGGUUUAUCGCAAUGGAGCUUAA